CAUGGAGCCUGGACCGAGAGAUUAGCCAGGUGGUAGGUGAAUGUGACGCUUUCGGAACGCAACAUAAGCAGCAUGGAGCCACUGACUCACCGGCCUCACCCGGAUAUCAGCAGAUAUCAACAGAUCCCAGACGUGUAAGGGCUGCUGGACUCUCCUGACUGAUGGGUUUGGACAGAGACGUUUCCCAUCCGUCUGAAUGUGCGACUGCAGGAGAACCGAAUCCUCUCCAACUGCAGCCGAGUCUUAAAGACAAUCGAGAUGGACCCGUCCGACCAGAAGCACUUCAGCGUUGUAGACUAUGUGAUAUUUGCCGUCUUGCUUGCUGUCUCUAUGGGCAUCGGGCUGUACCAUGCUUUUUCAGGCGGGCGUCAGCGCACCACUCAGGAGUUCUUGAUGGCGGACAGGAGCAUGAGCUGUCUUCCUGUUUCGCUGUCGCUCAUCGCCUCAUUCCAGUCUGCUGUGGCAAUUAUAGGCGUACCGGCAGAAAUCUACGCUCACGGUACUCAGUACUGGUUCAUCGGCUGUGCCUACAUUCUGGGCCUCCUCAUUCCAGCUCAUGUUUUCAUUCCGGUGUUGUACAGACUGCGGCUCUCCAGUGCUUACCAGUAUCUUGAGCUGCGCUUCAGCAAAGCAGUGCGCAUCUGUGGAACUUUGGCCUUCAUCUUUCAGAUGGUGAUCUAUAUGGGAGUCUGUGUGUAUACUCCUGCCUUUGCACUAAAUACAGUUACUGGAUUUGAAUUAUGGGGAGCAGUGUUGGCCACUGGACUAGUGUGCACAUUGUACACAACAGUGGGUGGUCUGAAGGCCGUCAUCUGGACGGAUGUCUUUCAGACUGUUGUGAUGUUUGCCGGGCAGCUGGCUGUCAUCGUGGUGGGAGUGCAACAAGCUGGGGGAGUGUCUGAAGUCUGGAGGAAAGUCUGGGAAGGAAACCGCAUCUCUGCUCUCGACCUAAACCCAGAUCCUACAGAGCGACACACUUUCUGGACUCUGGGGGUUGGCGGGGUCUUCCUCAUGCUGUCCCUGUACGGCGUGAACCAGGCCCAGGUCCAAAGAUACCUCAGCUCACGCACAGAGAAAGAAGCUGUCAGGUCGUGCUACAUGGUGUUUCCCUGCCUGCAGGUGGCUCUGGCGCUAAGCUGUGUGAUGGGACUGGUCAUGUUUGCACGAUACUGUGGAGAGGAUCACUCCAACAAGCUGGGCACCUCUUCAAGGGAUGCAAUCGUGAUAUACUUUGUGAUGGAUAUGCUGCAAGGCCUGCCCGGACUGCCCGGGCUGUUCAUUGCAUGUUUAUUCAGUGCAGCUCUCAGCACCAUCUCUUCCGCUUUUAACUCUUUGGCCACUGUGACAAUGGAAGACCUCAUCAAACCGCAUUUCCCCUCUAUGACAGAGGCAAGAGCGAUCCUGCUGUCCAAAGCCUUAGCUAUGUCCUACGGGUUGCUAUGUCUGGCCAUGGCUUACCUCACCCACCUCAUGGGCGAUUCGGUUCUACAGGUGGCUUUGAAAAUCUUCGGGACGGUUGGUGGUCCUAUUCUCGGUCUGUUUUGUCUCGGGAUGUUCUUCCCGUGGGCCAACUCCGCGGGAGCAGUGGCAGGUCUGGGGGCAGGUCUGGCUGUGGCUUUCUGGGUCAGCAUCGGGAGCAUCGUCACUCAUCGCUCCAGCACGAGACCGUUGCCGCCGGACUGCAGAGCCAUCCUGCUGCCAAACAACACGACCGCCGCCAUUCAGACUGCACUCAGCAACGCCACUCUGAGCCGACCCUCUGGACUGAAGAGAUUUUAUUCCUUGUCCUACAUGUGGUACAGCGCGUUCAACUGCUGCACAGUCAUUCUAAUAGGCCUGAUUAUCAGCUUUCUCACAGGCCCUAUGAAAGAAGAAGAUGUGACACCAGGCACAGUUUACCCAUUGUUAGGGAAACUGCUGUGUUUUCUACCUGAACACCUCAAAAAGAAGCUCUGCUGUGUGACUCCUCUGGGAGAGCCGCUCUCAGCACAACAAAGGCAGCCUGUACAACACAAAGAAAACAAUGGCUUGGCGUUCGCGCAGGAGGACGAAGCGUGGCAGGAGGAGACGGACAGCUUUCUCCCUGAGGCUCACACACCUUUUGUGGAGCGUGAAACAGCUGUGUGAUACCACCGUUUCACGUCUGACUGGACAACCGUUAAAAUGUCUGUACACUUACCACUUGGACUAAAAAAUAUACGUGUAUUUUUAUUUCUUGUUUUGGUGAGUUUGCUUUGUGUUGAUGGGCGGAAUUUAAAUUUCGAAUGCUGCGGCGAGGUCAAGGCUAGACAAUGUUCAGUCAGUACUACAAGUUGUUUUAAUCUUUUAUCUACUCGCAUCUUCAUGUCCUCGAGAGGCUUCAGUGCAGCUGAGCCUGUCAUAAGUUUUGCACGUGCACAUGUAAAAAUCUGGAAAUCUGGACAUACUGUGAACUUUAGAGCAACUACUUGACUGUUGUUUAACAUUACUGCAGCUGUAUGAAUGGUCUGUAUGAGUGAAUUUUGUGUGUGCUGCCGCUGAAACACAGAAGAAAACCCUUUUUCUAAGAAGGAGUAAAGGUUUUUGUAGAUAAAUCUCUGCAUUGUUUUGUCCACUUAUUUAAAUUUUCUAUGACUCAAAAAUUCAGUCACAGAAUACAUUUUUGGCAAAUGCCACAACUUAAAAAUGCACCACCACAUUACAGGGGGAAUCCAAAAUGUUUUACACAUAUUCUGGUCCUGGUUAGUAAAAGUAGAAACAGAAAUUUGUAACAAAGCCUGUAUUACCCAGCAGAGAUGAAAAGUUCCUCAUUACAUUUACUGUAGCCCUGUACUUCAAUGUUUUAAUGUUAUUGUACUUUACAUUUCUGAAAUAUUGUACAUGUUACUCCACUACAUUAUUUAUACAUAUAAUGUAUCAUCA